GGGAGAGCUGACGACGAGGAUAAAUAUCAACUUCGUUUUGUUGCAGUCAUGCAUUGUGGUUCACUGCCUAGGUAGACUAUCUAGACCAUACCUACUUCGUGCGAUACUGUGAGCGUGUCGUUAACAUAGUAAUUACCUACCUACCUACCUCCCCACUCAACCCAAACCAGCAACGCCGAAAUGGGCCUGGUCGACGACUUCCCGCAUGACCCGCUCAUGCCGAGUCUGCGAUAUGCAGCAACGUGCCAGAUUCCCGUCAACCUGCCCUGGGCGCGAGAGCCCGUCUUGCUUGGCACCUCUCUCUCAGUCUCGCGCCAGCAAGGGGUCAAGAGCGAGUUCCUCGACAAAUCCCGGUCGGCCUUCUCCCAGCAGUCUUUGGAUGAAAGCCCCUUGGUCUUCACAAGUGCAUCGGGGGGCAAGGUGACCAUGGCCGAGUCUAUGGGAGCCGCAUCGGCCUACGAGCACACCGACUUCUCUCUCUCGGGCUCCAUUGGCGGCUCGUUUUUGGGCGCCGAGGGGGAGGCCAAGUACGAAAAGACGGUUGCCAGUGACAACAGCCAAUCACAGUGCAGCUUCCGGACAAAUUACCGGAGCGGCAUGGUCAGCUUCAUGCGCGAACCCCGCCUUUCGGCCGAAGCCGUUGCGCUCCUCCGCCGUGCCAAGGACGCGGCGGCGGCCCAGGCAGCUUUUCGGGCGGCGUAUGGCGAGUACUACGUGGCGGCAUAUGUCCUCGGCGGCACCAACUCAACCAUGCUCGGCGGGUCGACGGCCACGUCGUCCUACUCCAAAGACCUGCGCGGAUCCUUCACCAUCAAGAUCCUAUGGGUAAGGAUCCGAAAGUCGUUUGAGGAGCAUGAGCGGUCGGCAAGCGCUUUUGGAGCGGGGACGUUGGCCGUCUACGACUCGCUCGACAACUGUCAGCUGAAUUCCGGUGCCGCCGACGUUGCUUCAGUAACGCGUCUCGUGGUCUCGGCAGCCGAGAACAGCGAUAGGGGUUGGGGCUUGGCUCGCAGGGUGGGCGAUAGGGCUGGACGGAUGGGGAUGGGCCUGGAUGCUCUUGGCCGCGUGUCCAUCUCGAGAGAGCAGUGUGCCGCCCUGUGUAGGGCUGGCUUGGUUGUCGAGCUGCUGCUCCUGCCCUAUGCGGGCCUGCGCCAUUAUGUUGAGGCGCUCCAUAGCGCAUGAGCUAACCCUGUUACCUCCACUGGUGCCAAGGGCCUAGUUACCUAGUUUCGCUAGCUACCCUAGUUUCGCUCGUUUUAUCCAUCUCCGUACCUACCUAGGUGCCGUAAUUAUCAUUGGAUGCACCUGCACUCAUUGGGCAUAUCUCCGGUCAGCAUCGAGUUCAGCUCGUGCCGGGCUUUGCGGCUGUUGGGUUCUGCACACCUGGGCGUUGAUAGUGGUGGCACCGCCGAGACUUUGUGCUCUUUCGGGACCCCGAGGCGCUGCUGAACUCUGCAGCAUGCUGCGAAAACGUCUUUACCCCGCACACUCAAUGGGCCAAUGGCGGCUUCGACUCAUCUCCACACCGCAAUCCGUGUCGCCACAGCGCAAUCCGUGUCCCCACA